AUGGCGUCUAUCCUGGUAAUAUCUUUGUUGUCUUUCUUCUCUUGCCUAGCUUUAUGCAGAGGACGUGUUGUGAGGGUGCCCAAAGGUCCUCUGAUUCGAGUUGUGGGCACAGAGGUGGUGAUCCCCUGCAGUGUUAGUGACUACGAUGGACCCAGUGAACAGAACUUUGACUGGGAGUUCUCCCGGGAGACUGACUUCGUGCGGAUAGUGAGUACCUGGGAUUCUACAUUCACCUCUGAGGAGUACCAAAAACGUGUGGGCCACGGGGAUAUCAAACUGAGACGGAGCAGCAACGAUGCUGUGGAACUUGUGAUUAGAAACAUCCAGCCAACUGACCAAGGGAGAUACAAAUGCUCCACGCCCAGCACUGAUGCCACCGUUCAGGGAAAUUAUGAUGCAGAGGUCCAAGUGAAAGUGAUUUCCGAUGGCUUAUCGGUGAGUGGUUCAAAAGCACGUUCCUCAACAUCUCUCAGGCUGCCUGAGGGUGACUCCUUCAAGCUGCGAUGCUCGGCCAUUAGCAACUCACUGGAGCACACUCACCUGCACGUGACUUGGCAGAUCAGAAGUGGAUCCACUUGGCAGGACAUCCUAUCUUUGACUCAUGAGGGCAAAUUCCAGCCGGGUGUUGGCUAUGAAGAACGCUACCGUAACGGAGAUAUCCGCUUAGACACAGGAGCCAAUGACACUUAUCGGUUAUCUGUAUCCCAGGCCUCAUCGGUGGAUGGGGGUGCCUACAGGUGUCUCGUGAGCGAAUGGGUGAGAGGGACAGAUAGCUCAUGGCAGAAGAUUCAGGAGAAGAGCGUGGAAAUAGCAAAUGUGGCAAUCCAACGGACUGCUCUAGAUGUGGUCAUCUCAACAAGCAAUGUGUCUGUGACCGAAAGAGACUCCCUGGAUCUUACAUGCAACAUCACAACAGACAGGAGUGGUAUUUUCCAAGCAGAGGUGAUGUGGUAUUUUUCUGCAUCACCUGAUGAUACCUUGUCAGAUGCUCAGAUUUUGCUGAGCGUGGAUCGGGAUUCCGUUGUCAGCGAUUCAACUCUUAUCAGCCUGAGCCAUGUAGAUAGGAACUCCUAUCGCCUGUUGGUGCGUGAUGUGGAUGUGGAAGACUCUGGCUACUACUUCUGCCAAGCAGCUGUCUGGGUACCACUGCACAAUGGGAGCUGGCAUAAGGUGGUGGAGAGAACAUCUGCACCAGUCAGUGUGGUGGUGACAGCAUUAGAGCCAGACUAUGAGGUGUUUCUAAAUGCCUCUAAAACACCUAAGUUUUCAGAUGACCCCACAGAGCUCAAUUGCAAGAUCACAAACGCACAGGACACGGAAGCAAACAUCCGCUUCACAGUUUCCUGGUACUACAGGAAGCGCCUGCGCAGUGAUGAUGUGGUGACAGAGGAACUCAUGGCCACAAUGGAUGCAGACUGGACUCUGCUGCUUGGGGACAGGAGCAGAGAACGGAUUCAGAAUGGGGAAAUAAUCUUCUCUAAAAAGGCAGUUGACACCUUCAGUUUAAGAAUCCAGUGGACAUCAGAAAGUGACAGAGGGGAUUAUUUCUGUGUCAUCUCUGCAUGGAGUAGGCACCGCAACAACAGCUGGGUAAAGAGCAAAGAUGUGACUUCUACAUCUGUCAACAUUUUCUGGGCAACACAAGAUUACAUGCUUACCGUGGAGGCAGUGAAAUUGAAGCCGUUCUUUGUAGCGGGCCACACCUUUGAGAUGACAUGCAAGGUGUCUUCAAAAAACAUCAAGACACCCCGCUAUUCCGUCCUCAUUACAGCUGAGAAGCCACUAACAGAUCAGUCCAAUCCCAAUGGAACCACUCGCAUCAUUUCCUUGAACCAGGAUUCGGUAGUGCGGCUGGAAGACUGGACAGACCAGACCCGUGUGGAUGGUGUGGUUCUGGAGAAGGUCCAAGAGAAUGAGUUCCGCUACAGGAUGUAUCAGACCCAGAUUUCUGAUGCUGGGCUGUAUCGCUGUGUGGUGACUGCCUGGUCUCCAGGGGGUGGCGGCAUGUGGCGUGAAGCGGUGAAUGGCUUAUCCAACCCUAUCCAGAUAGACUUCCAGACAUCAGGUCCUGUGUUUAAUGCAUCAGUGCAUUCUGACAACCCGACGAUUUACCAGGGUGAACUGGCAGAUUUGCUGUGUAUCAUCACAAUGGAAGGAAUGACACUUGAGCCAGAUGAUAUGUCCUUCGAUGUCUCCUGGUUUGCUGUGCGCUCCUUUGCCUUGGACAGAGAGCCAGUCUUGCUGGCCUCGCUGGACCGGUGGGGCAUCGUGACCCAGAGCAGGAGGAAUGGGAGCAGUGACGUCAGCCUGGAGAGAAUCAGCCCACUGGAGUUCCGACUGCGUGUGCACAGCUGCGAGGACCAUGACUUUGGGAACCACUACUGCGUAGUUACCCCCUGGGUGCGAUCACCCACCGGCGUGUGGCAGCGGGAACCUGACAUCAAAGCCAAACCCAUCUUUCUGUCUGUGAAAAUGGAUGUUCUGAAUGCUUUCAAGUAUCCACUCUUGAUUGGCAUCGGUCUGGCCACUGUCAUUGGACUCUUAUCCUGCCUCAUUGGCUACUGCAGCUCCCGUUGGUGCUGCAAGAAGGAAGUGCAGGAAACAAGACGAGAGCGUCGCCGGCUGAUGUCGAUGGAGAUGGACUGAGCAUGGGAGCCAGACAUACUCGUGUUUCAGAAGGGACUCCGGGGCUCUUGGACUGUGCUGAGACACUUGCUCACAGACUGCGGGCCACAGACAAGACAGUGUGUUUCCUCUCUUGAUUCCAGUCUGGACCUCAAGCUUCUCUUUGUUACGCGUUAUGUCCUGGGAGUGUUCAGGCCAUAUUUAACAACUUGGAGUUCUCCUUUUCCAGCAGCACUUUCUGCAUAGGGAAUAUGUCCUUCUAAUGUGCAAACUGUUGAGCCUUCUUUCAGUAGGCCCCUGUGACAAAAUUCACUAAAGAUUUUUCUGUUUGUUUGGUGGGGGAAUUUGCCCCUCCUCUUGGUUUUCAAAAGAUAUCCCUGUAUCAAAGUGUGAUGGGCAGGGCAAUGGGUGGGAGAGGGGCUGGUAGAAGUGUUAAACUUUCAUUGUAUUAACCAAUCUACCUUACCCCUUAUCCCCAUCAUAUCAUCUGUUCCCUUUCUCAGUCCGCCUUGGUAUCUCACAGACUUCUUGAAGUGUUGGGUUGAAAGGUAGAGAAAGUUCUUCUGCUUGUGCCUCCUGAGGCUGUUCCAGCAAAUACUUGGCUUAUGGUUGUUAGCAUGCCUUCUCUUACCUGGUUUCAAAAGGUUUGCAGUUAACCCCAAAACAUAAAUUGUCUGGAGGUCUUUGAGACACUUUUUUGAACUUUUUUUUUUUAAAUUACAGUGUUCAAAGCUCUUAGCUGUGAUGAAUAUGGACUAACUUGGCAACCCUGAAGAGUUGAUCCUCAGACAAGCAUUUGUCAGAUAUCUGCUUGUGGCCACCAUUUUUUUCCACCCUUUUCUGUUCUCCUCACUAUAGCUGCUUACAUUGUGCCUGAGACCCUGUUUUGCUUGUGGCAGGUGGGCACGUAGCAUCUAAUGACAAGGCCCAGCCUUCUGCUGGCCUUGGCAGGGAAGUGGGAGACCUUGACCCACUGAUGAUGGUGUGAAUUAUGACAAAAAAAUCUCAAUACCAAAACGAGAUGGAUCUUUGCAGUUGGCCAACUGAUCAUGUUUAGAGAAGACUUGUAAAUUAUGGAUUACCAAAUACACAGACCAGACUCCAAUGCUGCUUCUGCCAGUCACUCCGUGGUAAUCCUUGAACCUGUGAGCAGAGUCUGGGAUCCACAGUAGCUGAAGUGCAGCUCAGGGUAGGAACAGGAAUGAGCCCAAGAGGGCAGCAAAAAUCUUUCAGGUUCCAAUGGUCCUGGUCCUGUGCAUGGACCUGCAGCAGGGCUUUCCCCAUGGGUUUGAGACCUAUUCCUAGGUGCUAUAGUACAGAAGUCCUGCUUUGGUCUUCCACAUACUCUGACCUGGCUCCUGAGUGGGAGCAGCUACUUUUCGAGGCAGUUCUGUCUUCCCAGCACAGCUGGUGUUUUAAGCAAUAAGUCAGAAUGAAGAUACUGUGUAUAGACAAACAAGGAGGCAGGACUGUACCAUAGUCUGAUGUCACAGCCAGGAUUUGGCUUGCAUCAAGAAGAGUGAGAAAUGUACAGUUGAGGCCAGUGCUCAAUCCUUUCUGGGAUCUUUUUUUCUUUUUUUAAGAUAAAAGAUACUAAAGGAGAGCAUCCAUGGAAGGUAGUGGCUGUGGUGUGCUGUUGCCAGUCUAGAUGUUAGUUAUGUACUAGAUGACCUGCUUCACUAACAGCUUAUCCCGCUACACAUUCCAGGGGAGCUGCAGGUCUAAUAUCUGUGCUAUGAAGGCUUCAUUUCACAUCAGCAUUUGUGGAACCUUGCACUCAACACUGUAACUAUUCUAAAAUUGGUUGGUUUUUUUUUCCCCUCUUACUUUGCAUUGUGACCUUUGUUCUGAAGCUGACAUGAAAGUUUUCCCAUUUGAAUGUGCAUGCAGUCACAUAUGUAUACAUAUGUCUGCAUAGAGAUGUCCAAUGAUUUUUGGAAGCUGAAUGUGAAACAUCUUCAAAAUAGACUUGAUUUGCAGAGUUGGGGCUUGCAACUUGUUAUUUGAUUCCAUGCGAUAUUUAUGUAGUAUUCCAAAAUUGGGACAGCCAAAACCUCUGGAACCUCUGGAACAUUUUGGCCUGAGCAUUCAUAGCAACUUUUCUUUUGGGCCUGAUGUUUUCUAUUCUGGAAGAGCUCUGAAAAGGUCUACGUUGCAGGCAGACGUAGCUGCUUCUGCUGGGGAAAACAGGGCAGAAGCAGUCUCUAGCUUUUGCUGUGAAAGCCUAGAAAUCUGUAGCGAUGGUUUCUAAAGGAAGGAAGUUGAGGAGAGGAUUCAGUCAGAUAUUUCUUUGACAGCAAGAUUUUUUUUUCUUUCUCUCCUGUCUGUCUGCUGUAGUGAAGUCUUUGCUUUUCUUCCUCUGUUAUGAAAUACUGUUCUGAUGUUUGGGAUGCUGUCUGUCCUCUCCAGACUAAUUUAGAAGCUUCUUUCCUGCGUUAACAUCUGCUUUCUUCAUGGAAGGGCGAUGACAUUGGGGCAUCUUGGGAAGGGUGCUAGUGAUGUUUAAGGUUCAAAGCACAGCAUCAGUCACUUUCUGUCCUUGCAGACUGACUCCUACUCUAUGUGCUCUGGGUUAGGUUUUAGGGAGAGAGGAUCAUGACUGUAAUGCAAUAAUUAGGGAAUGAACGAGCAGAGAACUGCCAGCUCUUCCCAAGCACAUGACAUAACACACUCUCUCCCUGCUGGAAAAAACUCAGGGUUAUUUUGGUCAGGGCUCCCUGCUCCUCUAGUGAAAGAUCCCCAUGUCCUUAGCUAAUGCUGACCUUCCUUCAUGGCCCAUAACAAACCAUCUUUGUCAUUCCAAGUGAAGCAAGCUUGAACUGCUGCCAGCCCUUUGGAAGACAAUGCUGCAUCUCCUUCCACCCUGUAUUUGCUGUAGUUGGAAGGCUUGAAGUUGAGGGCUAGACUUGCGCCCCAGCUUUCCUUCUACUUGUGCCAAUUUUGUAUUAUCCUGUUUUUUUAAAAAUAGAGUGGGAAUCUUAUCUGUAAUGGAAAAAAAACCCCAAACCCCACAAUCUAGGUCACUUUUUGUGUUUUUUAUUAUUAUUAUUUUUUCCUGUGUGACCAGGGUUUGUGUGAGUGGAGGUGUGUGUGCAUCUGGUUGUGUAUUAAACCUGCAGAGUGUCAGAAGAGUAAGCUGCCUGAGAUGCAGCACAAGAAUCCAAAUCCUCCCUGCUGCAACCUGUGGUAUUGUCAAAGUAUCCUAAGGGCUCACGUUGAUCUCCCUCUGUUUGCAUUGCCACGUCUCCUGGUUAAGCUGGUUAAAUUCCUCCAGGCACUUGGAAUUUUGGUCCAGGACAAGCUUGAACAUCUUAUGGCAGAAGGGCAAGAUAUUUUCUUUCUUUUGUUUUAAUUUCAAAGUUAUAAAAUAAGUGUUUGGCACAAUUCUGGAAU